GGGAUGAUGGGGGAGAGAAUGCACAUUAAAAUGAGCAUCUGAAGUACAUCACACUGCUCAUGACAGAAGUCGGAGAUCGAUAUUUAAGGUUAUCUGCUAAUUUUCCCUAAAAAUGGAUGCACUUCCGAAGGAGUUCCACAGACGAACACGAUGUGACAGUGCCGCCUCACGACCCCAGUUUACAAACUGUCCCACAAUGAUUGUGAUGGUUGGUCUGCCAGCCAGGGGAAAGACCUACAUCUCCAAAAAGUUAACCCGAUACCUAAAUUGGAUUGGAGUCCCAACUCAAGUCUUUAAUUUGGGUCAGUAUCGAAGGGAAGUUGUGCAGACAUACAAGAACUAUGAAUUUUUUCGUCCAGACAAUGAAGAAGCCAUGAAAAUCCGCAGAGCCUGUGCCUCAAAUGCUCUUAAGGACAUCGCCAAUUACUUCACUAAGGAGCAGGGACAAGUUGCAGUAUUUGAUGCCACCAAUACUACAAGAGAGAGAAGAGGAGUCAUCAUCAGUUUUGCUAAGGAGAAGGACUAUAAGGUGUUUUUCAUUGAGUCGGUUUGUGACGACCCAGAAAUCAUUGAGGCAAAUAUAAUGCAAGUAAAACUGAGCAGCCCAGAUUAUGAAAACUAUGACAAAGAGGAAGCACUGGUGGACUUUCUGAAGCGUAUUGAUUGUUAUAAAAUGUCCUAUGUCCCCCUGGACGAGGAAAAGGACAGACACCUCUCCUUCAUUAAGAUCUUUAACGUGGGAUCCAGGUACCUCGUCAACCGCGUCCAGGAUCACAUUCAGAGUCGUAUAGUGUAUUACCUCAUGAACAUCCACGUCACACCGCGAUCCAUCUAUCUGAGCCGCCACGGAGAAAGUGAGCUCAACCUGCUUGGAAGAAUCGGUGGAGACACAGGCCUCUCUUCACAGGGCCAAAAGUAUGCUAAGGCCCUUGCAGAGUUCAUCAGGGGUCAGUCCAUCAAGGACCUGAAGGUGUGGACCAGCCACAUGAAGAGGACCAUACAGACAGCAGAGGCACUGGGCGUCCCAUAUGAACAGUGGAAGGCGUUGAACGAAAUUGAUGCGGGUGUAUGUGAGGAGAUGACAUACGAGGAGAUUCAGGCAACCCAUCCAGAAGAGUUUGCCUUAAGAGACCAGGACAAGUACCGCUAUCGAUAUCCAAAGGGUGAAUCGUAUGAAGACCUGGUGCACCGUCUAGAGCCAGUCAUAAUGGAGCUUGAGAGACAAGAGAAUGUGCUGGUCAUCUGCCACCAGGCAGCCAUGCGUUGUCUACUGGCCUACUUUCUGGACAAAAGUGCAGAUGAUCUACCGUAUCUAAAGUGUUCUUUGCAUACUGUUCUCAAACUAACUCCAUUAGCUUACGGAUGCAAAGUGGAGUCCUACUAUUUAAACAUCCAAGCAGUGAACACACACAGGGACAGACCCACAAAUGUGAAUGUCGCAAGAAAGCCAGAAGAAGCACUACAGACUGUACCUGAACAUCUAUAAUCAUAAAAAAAUCUUACAUUUGCCAUUUUUGCACAGUUAAUCUACACAUAGAUUGUGUAAAUGGAUAACAAGGUGGGAGGAAGGAAUUUAAAAGGACAUGAGCAUAUGUUUCCAUUAAGAUUAUCAAGGUCUGCAAACACAAAAGUGGGAUCCAAAAGUCUGAGACCACAUCUGUUUUUUUUUUCUUCUCAAAAAAUGUAAUGUAAUGAUUUUUUAUUUUUAUUUCCAAUUCAACUCUUCAUUCAAAUUUUGUGGUUAAUAUGAAUUUUCCUUACAAAUUAUAUUGAUGUAUUAAAUUAGAAAACGCAGAACAUAAUUUUUUUGCAUUUUCAAUAGGGCUCUCAGACUUUUGAAUAGUACUUUAGUUUUUCAGACUAAACUAUGAAAAUCAAAUAUGUGUGUACUUUGUUGAUUAGAUGGUUGCAUUGGCCUAAUGUUUUUAGUUAAAAUGGAUGUUGCAACUAAAGAUAAUUUUUACCUUUUACUAGUUUAAAAUGUUUAGUUAGAACAGGUAAAAUCCACAUUGUGUUAAAGUGAAUAGACUUUAUUUUAUUAAUUUUAAUAUUGUGUUCAAAGAUCUGGGCAAUAAUACCCUUUUAUGCAUUCAUAAAGUACAGUAAUCAGAAGACGAUUCAGUUAGUUAACAGCACCAUGGACAGCAACCAAACAAAUCAAUCUAUAUUAGUCGUCACAAUAUCUCACAAGACCAUUCUCAAGCCACUAUACUCCUCACACUUCAUUAUUUGUUAGUAUGUUCAGGAGCGCCUGUCCAAAAACCUCCAACCUAACUGAGAUUUCUAGAGUAAACAUUCAGUAUCCAAAUACUUCAAAUUUGGUGACAGUAAUGCGGUUUUAGAACAAUUUGUAACGACUGAAAGGCUUCUGGCAGCAAUCUUCUGAAUUAUAGGCAUUCACGGGGUUAAUGGUUUGUGUUUUUGUUUUCGUGCCCCCAAAACCGUGGCGAGGCUCUGCGAAAUUUCCAGUAUGCACACGUGAAAAGAGCUCCCCUCGAAACCCACAAAUACCUGCGCAUGAUUGAAACUCAUUUGUCAUUAUAACCAAGUUAUUUUUCCAGUCUAAAUGAGCAUCCAUCUCUCUUAUGGCAUUAUCGUGGCUUCAGUAUCAUUUUUAGGAUCAGUUUGGAAGGGAGGGGGCAAUACUGCCCCUUUUACAAACAACUUUGUGCCGUAAAAUGUGAAGUUAGUGGAAGAACUUACGCACUCGCCUUACGGGCAAAACAGUGGUUUUGGCUUUCCCACGCAAUCUGAAAGCAUGGAUGUUAAACUGGAUUUGAUUAUCCACGCUGUCUUUUUCAUCCUACUUACUGUUGUUCCUUUUGGAUGUGCGCAUUUCGACGCGCAAUCAGUUCCUCUCCAGGUAUGUGUAAUUGGUAAUAGCGUUAUUGUUCAUA